UAUAAAUUCUCACCCCAGCCACGUUGCUUUUUAUCCAAUUUUCCCUCACUUUCUCGAGGAAAACCCACCAUGGCAGAGUGGACCCACCUCCCAAAAGAUCUCAUAGAACUCAUCUCCAAAUGCCUAGACACCUCCACAGACCUCCUCCGUUUCCGUUCCGUCUGCAAUUCAUGGCGAUCCUCAAUCCCUCCGAAAUCACCCCGUUUAUCAUCAAACACCUUCAAGAUCCUCCCAAAUGACGGUAUCUCUCACACCUCUUUUGGGUUUUCUCUGUUCAAGCGAAGUAUAUUCCUCGUUGGGUUGCCGAAUUCCCAUAGCCAGACAGACCCACAAGGCUGGCUUGUCAAAAUCGAAGAAGAUGUGCCUGGUAAAAAACACUUGUUUGAUCCUUUAUCACGGUGCAGGUCAACUUCUUUGCCUAAUAGUCUUCCUCGUGUUUUAGAUUUAAUGAAUUUGAGAAUUCGUGAAUUGGGUCAUGAAUAUGUUCUGCAUCAUGUUAGUUACAAGCCCAAUUCGUCGAGUUUUACUGAUGCUGGUAAUUUAUAUAUGGAGAAAGUUGUAAUGAUUUGGUUAAAUUGCGAAACCGAGUUUGUUUUGUUAACAAUUCAUGUUUCUGGGAAGUUGGCUAUGUUUAAGAGUGGUGAUAAGAGAUGGACUAUUAUUAAUGAAAUGCCAUCGCCUUUCGAUGAUGUUAUUGUUUUUAAAGGGAUGUUUUAUGCCGUGGAUAAUACCGGCAGGACUGUGGUUGUUGCGUUGGAUACAGAUUUGGGUUUGGCUGGGGAUCCCGUUUUUGGUGGGGACAAGAAAUAUUUGGUUGAGUCGAAGGGGGAUUUGUUGCUGGUUGAUAUGUAUUUGAGUAUUGAUACUGAUGAAGGGUUGAGCAUUGGCAGCGAUGUUGUGCAGGAUCUUGUUCAGUAUAUGAGUGAGAGGACGGUUCGGUUUAAGGUUUUUAAGUUGAAUGAAGCGGGGAAGAGUUGGAUCGAGGUGAAGAAUUUGGAAGAUCGAGUGUUGUUUCUAGGUGAUGAUUCCACGUUUUCUGCAUCGGCUUCUGAGCUUUCUGGUUGCAAGGGCAAUUGUAUAUUUUUUGAGGAUAAUUUCUUUUAUUCGAGAGAGGAAGGAGAUGAUGGAUCAAUGAUUGGUCGUGAUAUAGGUGUGUUUGAAUUGGAGAGUGGUUGUAUAGGACCUUUAAGGAAUUUUCCUGAUUACUCCAAGAUGUUCUGGCCACCUCCUGAUUGGGUUGCUUCAACUUCAUUGGAAGUGCAGAAUCAAAACCAACUGGAAGAGCUGUUGAUAGAGAAGUGAAUAAUACUUGUCCUUUUCAUGGCCACUCUGAUAAAAUAUCGGCAGAGCUUGGUGCUUGUAUACCUGUCCAUUAAUGUACUUACUUGAUGACUCGAGGAGGUUUAGAGGUGAAGCGAUGAGCUGAAGUUUCCAGUGAUAUUUGAGAAGUUUACUCAGUUAUAGCUUUCACGUUCUCUGUGAAUACCAAAAUGUUUAAGACAUUUGAGCCUUCUAUCUUAUGUUAGUUGAGAGCUAGGCAAUAGCUUUUGUUCAGUCUAGCAAGUGGAUGAAAUCUCCUCACCAAAAGGUUGCCUGAUUAAUUUGAGUGGUAACCCAUUGCAAUCAGAUCGUGGAGGGUGCGAAGCUGGUUGUUUGCGGGAGCGCUCCUGUAGUUUCCAUUUAUUGCCUUGAGUAGAAAGAUCCAAAUGACGCUGGAUUCAGAACUAAUCGUUUUUGUUUUCUGUAAACGAGUGCUGUUGACUACCCUUCUUUUUAUUUUCGUUAUUAUUAUUAUUAUAAUUAAUCUUCAG